ACCUCACAAAGUGUCCAAACUGUGCGGUGAGAUUGUUUUGGUUCUCAUCUGGCCACAAUUUUUCCCGUAAAAUGCAAGCCGUAAGGAAAUGUUUGCCUGUCUUCUAUCCGAAUCUGCGAAAUAUCAGACAAUUGUCCAGCUUCCAUGCGGCACCGAAUCCCGAACAGAAGAACACAGAAAUCCUUGGAGAAAGUCCUCCUGAACUGGAUAAGCUAUUCUCGAAGCUAGAGAUUGAGCUGAGAGGAAUUGACCCAGCCGUUCUUCAGAGCUACUCGUGGUUUGCCAUGACUGCUGCCAAGCAUCUGGACAUCAAAGUAGGGAAAUGUUGGGCUCCAAAGAAAGCGCAGCACGAUAGACUGACUCUGCUGCGAUGCGUGCACAUUUUCAAAAAGCAUAGAGUGCAAUACGAGAUGCGCACCUAUUUUCGUCACAUGACCUUCCACAAACUCACCGGAUCCACACUGGACACAUUUCUGGAGUACAUUGAGAGGAAUAUUCCCGAAGGUGUGGCUCUAAAAGCCACGAAGAUAGAAGUUCAACAACUCCCGGAUCACUUGGGAAAUCCACCAACAGCGAAAGAAUGACGAGAGUGAAUUAUGAGCAUUUAUUCAAUAUUUGAAUUGUAGAAAAUAGAUAAAAGCAGUGCAGAAGAAA